GGUCAUUUCAACAAGAGGAGGGGCAGAGAAAAAGGAUCAAAUAGCCUUUUUACACAUGCAGGGAUUAACCCCUUAGCUUGUUGGAGGAGUUUUCAUUUUGCUCUAGGAGAAUGUAGAACCCAUGACCUCUGUCUGGACAGUGCUGAUUGGCCCCUUGCCGAUCAGAUGCAGUCUCCCAAAAAAAAAAAAACUCUCUAGCAAUACACACCAAACUGAGCAUGUGCAGAGUGGCUCCGCAUGAUAUGUCUUAUCAGGAGAUAAGAGGGGGACACUGGUAGAAGGCAAGGAUCAGAGAAGACAGGAUCAAACAGGCUUUUUACACAAUUAGAGGAUUAACCCUUUAGGUUGCACAGUGAGUAUAAAAAGCAUGCUUUACUGCAUAGACAG